AUGAAUAUCAUUCUUUUGAUGUAAGGUUAUCCUUACAUAAUAGUAUUGUCAAAGUAGCUAAUUGUAUUUAAGGCUUUGUGCAUUCGAAAUAAUUUAUGGCAAACCUUUGUUGAUAUUAUCCAGGAUGAGUUAAAGGAUUUACUUAAUCCAUAUUGUAUUUUUCAUUAUCCCAUUCAUUUAGUUUUUUCAAUCUUCUCUUAUAUGCUUUUGAUUUUUUCUUGGUUUCUUUUUGUACCCUAUGAAUUAUUUGAAAUUAUGAUUAUCCAAAGUCUAACUUUUAAUUUUUUCUAAAAAAAUUUAUCCAAUUUCUCCAAAAUUUUUUUGUUGAUUUCCUUAUAGUCUCAAACUAUUCAGGAAAUAAUAUAAAACUCUUCACUUUUAAUUGACUGCUUCACAACCAAAAGGUUAUUCUAUUGUCUAAGAUUUUAACUUAUAUAAAUAAAUUGCAAAGAACCAAUCAAAAUAAAUAAUGAAUACAUUAUAUUAACAAUUUUAUUUACAGCAAUUAAUUAAUUCGCUUAAUAUAGUGAUUGGUUGUAUAUGAACAUUUUUGUUUGCUACAUAUAAUUUAGUGUAACUUCUUGA